UAAUAAUAAUAUUUUAAUUAUUCCUGUUUGUUAUUCAUUGGCUUUCAAUUGAUAUUAAAAUUUAGUACCAUGUUACAUGACAAAGAGACGGUGCUCUAUUUAAAAUGCGUUUCCCUUCUCAUUUGUUUCAGACAUUGUACCACUCGCAGGCCGUUUUUCUCCCACCAUACCAACCAAGUGUCUGCUAUGGCGAUGUUUACAGCGUAGUCAGGGCGGCUAGCCAUGUGUUCAGUCGGUGGCCUGUCGCGUGCCGCGCAGCAGUACGUUGUGUUACGUGUUGGCCUCGUGAUUCUUUGUAUCACUCCGAAAGCACUUUUGUGUGACAACUAGUUGUCAAAUAUUUAUUGUUAUUUUACUAUACACAGAUUGCAUUUAAUUAUUUUAUAUUAAUUAUAUUUUUUAUAAUAUUAACAAAAAUUAAACAAUUUAACGCAUGAUUAAUUGAUUCAUAGAAAUAUAUUUUUAUAAUAUUAAAUUCGGAAGACAAAAUAUUGUUGAAUUCAAAUAUAGAAUUCUAAAUAUAUCGAUUUUAAUGUUUUAAUCGAUCUAGAAGAAAUUGAUAAAACCAACUAUGAACUAAGUGAAGUGAAACAAUGACAUUAGUGAUGUUAUUAACAAUUCGUUACAAAAUAUCAUAUAUUGAAAUUUUACAAUUACAUUUUUUGAUUAAUUUAAAAAGUAAUAAAAUACUCGAAGGACGAUCUUGUGAUUGACAUAGUGAAUCGAUAUAAUUCACGUGAUUCCUUGUCAUGCGCAAACGUGAUUGUUUCGAGUUACGAAUAUAUUUAAUUUGAUUAAGAACAAAUUUUUCGAUUAGUCGAUAUUUAAAAAAAAUAAUACAAGAGUGACGCGGAAACUGACGGGUAUAUAUCAUAUGUUAUGACUGGCGUAUUUUUAACAAGCCAGAAGGAGGAGAACGAUGUGGGGUGGUUAUCGUUAAUUAUUGGAAUUCGAGAAAAACGCGAAAAUCACGGAGAAGAAGAACAGUCAGUGAAAUUUAGUGGCGGUGGGCCACAAACUCGUUUGUCGGUGAUUGACGCGGGAUAUAUCGGCACCGGAAGUGCUAAAAUGCCCCGUGGCCUGCCGACUAGACGAGGUCUUCAAGCAUUGGCACUUGUUCUUGCCACUGCUUAUGCUACGAUUCUUCUUUAUCAAGCUAUUGUACCUCGUCAAUGGAUCGACGAAAUGACAGUUGAAGUAAACAGCAGAAAUGUAGUGGUAGAAGUGCCAUCUUCAAGAAGAAUGAUCAGAGAGGAAUCAUCGGUAACACCUGCAAUCGCAACUGCGACGAUGGCACCAUUCACCACAAAUCUCGACGAUGUGUUCAUCAGCGUAAAGACCACCAAGCAUUAUCAUCAUUCUCGUCUGCCGGCUAUUAUCAGCACGUGGUUUCAAUUCGCUAAGGAUCAGACGUGGUUCUUCACCGAUCGAGACGAUCCGUAUUUCCAGAAUCAGACCAACGGCCAUAUGAUCAACACGAAAUGUUCGUCUUCGCACAACAGGCGGGCCCUUUGCUGUAAAAUGUCCGUCGAAUUCGACAGGUUCCUCGACAGCAGCCGGAAGUGGUUCUGCCACUUCGACGAUGAUAAUUACGUGAACGUGCCACGCCUGCUCAAGCUUCUGGACAACUACAAUCCACGGGAGGACUGGUACCUGGGCAGGCCCUCGAUACCGGCACCCUUGGAGAUCAUCAGGCAGGGUCCGGAACCCUCGAAGCGGCCGCAAAAGGUAAAAUUCUGGUUUGCGACAGGUGGCGCCGGAUUUUGCAUUAGCAGGGCGCUUGCGAUGAAAAUGACACCGGUUGCUGGAGGUGGAAAAUUCAUUACUGUGGGCGACAGAAUUAGAUUGCCGGAUGACGUGACGAUGGGAUACAUUAUCGAACACUUGCUCAAGAAGCAACUAACCGUCGUCGAGCAAUUCCAUUCCCAUCUGGAGCCCAUGAAGUUUCUCAACAAGGACACUUUCGACGAGCAAGUAUCGUUCAGCUACUCGAAAGGUCCGAGGGACGAGUGGAAUAUUCUCAAGAUCGACGGGUUCGACAUGAAGGAUGAUCCGAAAAGAUUCAGGUCGAUCCACUGCCAUCUGUUCCCGCACGUUCCCAAUUGCCCGCACAGAUGAUAACCAGUCGGAUGAUCCAACUCGCAAACAAGAGGAGAAUCGUGCGAUCUCACGUUGCCUCUAACCGCAACGCCCAUCAGUUCACUAACCGAGAUCGAGAUCGGUUAAUAAAUGUUAUUGUUUCACGUUUUGUACAAAGAUUAGAUACGCGUAAAGAUCGAUGCAGAGUUUUUAAAAAAAUCUCUUUUUUUAAUUUAAAAACACAUCUACAGAAGUCUAGUUUUAAUUAAAUAAAUUAGAAUUUUUUUUGCGCAAUGAUCAACCUUUUACAAAGAAUUUUUUUUAUUUUUUGUCGAAGUUUUAUAUCGUAUUCUCAUCUUGUAUAUAAGUUGUAUAUCAUUGUAUGAGUAUUCGAUGUUUUUGUAUAUAGGAAAUUUAUAGAAAUACCUGGAGUUAUCGUUCGAAUUUAAUAUUUUUGACGACACGAAAAGUGAAACGAGAUAUUUUUUUUUUCUUUAAGAUGUUCGUGUUGUUGAAAAUGUAACGGGAAGAUGUUUUGAUCGAUAAUAUUGGGUGAAUUGGUUGUACUAUAAAAAAAGAAAAUAUUCAAGGAUUAUUUGGCGACAUUCUCGUCGCUGCAUCAUGGAAUUACCUUAAGCUAGUCUCUCGUGUAAAUAAACAGAUGGUCAUACCAUGUGAUAUUUAAUAGGCGUGAGUGGAUUCGUGCUUUUGUGUCGAUUGUGUAGUACCUAUAUGUUUCGAGAAAAUCGGAUACAAUCCUAUUUCUUUCUUGCGUGAGAUGUAUUUAAGAAGAUAAUAGUUUGAUGAAAUUAAUUUGAUGAAAUUGUUAACGAAGACACAAAAAUAUCCUUACUCGCUUGAUAGGCUAUUCAGAUGAGCAAUAACUUUGACAGAGGUUAGGUUUAUAGAGUCAUGCAUUCUUUAUUCUAUGAUAGACCAGAUUGACCGAUUGGUCGAAAAAAAACGAUAAAAUAAUUGUUCGUUUUUAAUUAACAACGAAAUAAAAAUAUUUUAUCCAAAAAAAUACAUUAUUGUAUCCGAUUUUUUCGUUCCCGUUCUGCGUGCUAUUGAUUUAAUAAGUGUGCAAUAUCAUGAAAUACACAAAGAGAGAAAUAGAAUAUUAUCCAUUAACCGACUUCAGUUCGGAUUAAUUGUUCUUUUCUUCGUUGUAUUGCGUUUGUGCACCUGUUGCAUUCGAAUACUAGAAAAAGGAGAAGAGAAGAAAAUCGGAAUUUCCGUUGGAAUCGGAAAACAUGGCGAAUGUACAAUUAUGUGCAUUGUAACAAUGAGGUUUUAUAUAAUACACGGUACCUAUUAUACGA